AUGGGAAUAUUGUUUCACAAGCUACAGGCAAAAUUUCCAGAGAUCAAGGAAAAAGAUAUUUUGUGGGUGCUUACCGUACCGGCGAUCUGGAAUGAUGGGUCCAAACAAUUUAUGAGGGAAGCGGCGCAAAAGGCGGGUAUAAAAAAGGAAAGUCUGUUGAUCGCCCUCGAACCGGAAGCUGCGUCACUAUUCUGUAUGCAUCUUCCGGUGGAUAAAAUGUCAGUGGAGGGAGAUUCGGGAGGAACGACUGCUAAAGUCUCGCCAUUCCAGAAGGGUACCAAAUACAUGGUGGUCGAUGUGGGAGGAGGCACUGUAGAUAUAACGAUCCAUCAAGUAGUGGACAAGGACCAACUGAAGGAAAUAGACUCAGCUAGUGGUGGAGCAUGGGGAGGUACAAUGGUUGAUGAAGCCUUUAAACAGUUCCUCAUCAAACUUGUUGAAAAAGAUGUUUAUGAGAAGUUUGAACAGGAUUGUAAGGAAGAUUUGGUACAUUUAUAUAGAGAAUUUGAGACGAAGAAGAGAAAUAUUAUCUUGGGGAAAACAGGGAUGGAAACCAUGAAGAUACCAAUAGCGUUAGUGGAUACGUUUGAAGAUGUCAGACGUAAAAAGUUGAAGGACCAUGUAGAGAAAAUAAAGGAAUUUCAGGACAAAGUUAAAAUAAUUGGCGAUAAAUUAAGAGUGGAUGCUGAUAUCAUGAGAUCAUGGUUUGAUCUGUCUACCAAGAAAACUGUCGAGCAUGUGAAACAAUUGUUUGAGCAUAAAAAUGCCAAGGAUGUAAAAACGAUUUUGCUUGUCGGUGGUUUUUCUGAAUCACCGAUGCUCCAGGAUGCAAUGAGGAAGAAUUUUAAAGGCAAGAGGUUGAUCAUACCUGAUGAUGCUGGCCUUGUUGUUCUCAAAGGAGCUGUCAUUUUCGGUCAUAAUCCUGUCACAAUAGUUUCUAGGGUAGCAAAGUUUUCUUACGGUGUUAGAGUUUAUCGAGAUUUCCAAGAUGGCGUUCAUCCAAAUGACAAGAAACUAACUGUUGCAGGAAAAGUUAAAUGUAAAGAUGUAUUUGCAAGUCAUGUCAAAAAAGGUCAAGAGUUAGUUGUUGGAGAAGCACAAUCAAAUCAACGGUACACACCCUUAGAAGCAGACCAAAUGUCAUUGAUUUUUGAUAUUUACACAGCACCGGAUGAAGAUCCCAAGUACGUCACAGACACCGGAUGUAUAAAUGUAGGUCAACUUGAAGUCGAGGUUCCAGAUCUUUCUGGCGGGAAAGAACGGGGUGUCUGGGUGCAGAUGAUAUUUGGAGGAACCGAAAUCGUAGUUGAAGCCAAAGAUGAAAAGAGUGGGAAAGUUACAAAAGCUACUUUUGAUUUCUUGCAGGAUGAAGGCCAAUCCAGUGAUUCCAUUCCUUGAUUAUGAUUUAGAGAAUAUGUAGGUCUACACAAUUUUGUCUGUAUAAUGAAUUACAUGUAUAGAAUAUAUAUGAUUUGGAAGAAAAAAACUUUUAAUGUCUAUAACAUUGUAAACCGAUUGCUAUUGCAGUGAUAACUCUUUUUAUUAUUGGUAAUGCAUGAAACGUAUAAAUUUGAUUGCAAUAUUCUAAUAAAAGUGUUUUAAGUGAAA